AGGAUGCAUGGAUGGAGAGAGUGAAUCAUAUAUUACAUACAUGCACACGCAGUGUUGUGAGUGGUUUUCUGGUGCUCAGCAGUAGUGGUUAAGUUGGGCCUGGACACGGAUCAGACAGCAUGCAGGAGUUUGAUAUCAUAGUGUUGGGUACAGGACUGAAGGAAUGUAUUCUCUCUGGCUUGAUGUCAGUUAGCGGGAAGAAGGUUCUUCACAUCGACCGCAACCCAUACUAUGGAGGAGAGAGUGCUUCCAUCUCCCCCCUGGAGGAGGUCUAUAGGAAGUUUCAGGUUCCUGGCCCGGCUAAGUCAUUGGGUCGUGGGAGGGACUGGAAUGUGGACCUUAUUCCUAAAUUUCUACUUGCCAGCGGACAACUAGUAAAAAUGCUGGUGUAUACGGAGGUUACUCGGUAUCUGGACUUUAAGGUGAUAGAGGGCAGCUACGUGUACAAGGCUGGUAAAAUCCACAAAGUUCCUUCUACCGAGGCCGAAGCCCUUUCUUCAGAUCUGAUGGGGAUGUUUGACAAGCGCCGGUUCAGGAAGCUGCUAGUCUUCAUCCUAAACUUUGAGGAGGGUGACCCGCGGACCCACCAGGAUAUAGACCCCAACAGGACCAGCAUGAGGGAGCUAUUUCGUCGCUUUGACCUGGGACCAGAUAUCAUGGAGUUCACCGGACACGCUCUAGCCCUGUACCGUAAUGACGACUACUUGGAUCAGCCGUGUGUCCAGACCAUCAGACGGAUCAAGCUGUAUACAGAAUCUCUGGCCCGCUACAACUGCAGUCCCUAUCUGUAUCCAUUGUAUGGGCUAGGGGAACUACCUCAGGGAUUUGCCAGGCUAAGUGCUGUGCAUGGAGGCACCUACAUAUUAAAUAGAGGAGUGGAGGAUAUUGUUCUGGACAAGGGAAAAGUGGUGGCAGUGAAAUCUGAAGGAGCUGUGUUUCGCUGUAAACAGCUGAUCUGUGACCCCAGCUACGUGCCCAACCGGGUGAAGAAGGUGGGACGGGUUAUACGGGUCAUCUGUUUCCUGAAUCAUCCAAUCAAAAAUACCCAUGAUGCCAACUCCUGUCAAAUCAUCAUCCCUCAAGCACAAGUCCACAGAAAAUCAGACAUCUACGUGUGUAUGGUGUCCUACACCCACAAUGUGUCAUCGUCAGGGAUGUAUGUUGCCAUGGUGAGCACCACUGUAGAGACCAACGACCCCGAGAAAGAGGUGCAACCUGGACUGGAACUGCUGGAGCCUAUUGAUCAGAAAUUUGUUUCUGUCAGCAACAUGAUGGUCCCCAUUGAUGACGGAAGGAACAGUCAGAUCUUUGUGUCCCGCUCCUAUGAUGCCACUACUCACUUUGAGACUGAGUGUGAGGACAUUAAGGACAUGUAUCGCCGAAUGACAGGCUCAGAAUUCAUCUUUGGUGACUUACGCAGAGACUGUGAUGACGAUGAGGAUGAGGACUGAGGGACACCAAGUGGAGUUGCUGCCAUUUUUAUCUAUUAAAUUCCCACUGGGACCAGAUAUAUAUAUAAGAAAUAUUAAGUGGUUAAAAAUGAUUAAAAGCAUUUUCUAACUGGCAUAAUUUACAUUGCCAUAUAUUCCAGCUGACUGUCAUUUCCUUUUUUUUUUUUUUUUUUAAGGAAACCUU